UUUCUCACCAUUAGAUUCGGCAUACUUUUCUCCACUCAGAUAUGUAAAACUUUCUUAGAAAUAAUAAAAUAGAGUAACAAAACGAAGUCAAUUGAAAAGAGUCCGUUCUUAUUAGGCACAUGCACUCUAAUCUUUACUUGACAGGAGUAAAAAGAACGAAAAGUAUGUAUUAGAGUACAAAAUAUGUUGAUAGAGUACUGUAUGAAUGAAAAGAACGGAAUGUAUUGUUUUAAGACUUAUUUUCUAACCUAAAAAACAAAAAGAACGAAAGGUAUGUAUUAGAGUCAGAGUUGCCAGAUGGUCCGCAUUUUGCGGACAAAUUCCGCUUUCUCUAGUUUUUCCUGCAAAGUGUCCGCUGUCCGCAAUUUAUCCGCUUUUCGAGGACUUUUUGUUUUUGUUCUUUUCCCUACAAUGAAGAUUUUUACAUUUUCUCAUAAAAAACUUGCCGCCUUCGUCGGCUGAAUGACAUGUCAAAACAAUGUUUUUGCAACUUUUAUAAAACACCUUAAUCGUUAAGUACUGUCGUAGGUGGGAAACUUUCGGAUUAAGUUUUAUCCUGCCAUACAUAACUCUUGAAAUUUAUGACGGUUGAUCAAAAAUGCGCAUUUACAAAAAGCCAAUAUCGAUUCAAAUUGGAAUUUAAAUGAUGUUUUGUACUUCUUUUCUGUUUCUUAAGUGGAACUGCCAUAAAACACUAGAAAAGUUUGCUUUGAUAUCCUUUGCGUUUGGUGGAAAAUGCCGCUUUUAUGACCUCAGCAUCUGGCAACUCUGAUUAGAGUACAAAAUAUGUCAGUAGAGUACUAUAUGAAUGAAAAAAACGCAGUGUAUUGUUUUAAGACUUGUUGUAUUACCUAAACAAUGAACAUGAUCCGAAAAAUGCUAAAAUGAUUUCAUAUAAUUUUAGAUAAUAUUUUAGUGAUAAUCUAUAACUAACAUAAAACAAGAGGACAGUGCUGUUAGCGAAAAAGAAACGGAUUUCAGACAAAGAAAAUCAUACAACAUAACGGAUAUACAUUUAAAUUACCAUGUCCAAGUUCGAUUUAGGGUAAAAAGAUAAAUUUUAAUACUGUUAUUCAUAAUCUGUUUGUGAUUUUCUGUUAUUUAAUAGUAGCGGUACAUUUUUUGGUAUUGGCCAUCCGUUACUUGAUAUUACUGCAGAAGUUUCACUUGAUUUUCUGAAGAGGUAAUGUAAACUUGACGAUAUUCAGAGUUGGUUUUGUCUAUUUUUUCUAAUUAGUUUUCAGAUAUAAUUUAAAACCGAAUAAUGUUGUUCUAUCACGUGAUGUACCAGAGUAUAACCAAUUAUUUAAAGAAUUUAACAAUGGUACACACAAGUUAAAAUAUUCAGCUGGUGGUUCCACACAUAAUACAUUGAGAACAAUAACUUGGUUUCUUCAACAGCCAAAUGUCACUACAUAUAUCGGUUGUAUUGGAAAUGAUAAUUUUGGAAAAAUCUUAAAAGAGCAAGCUACUAAAGAAAAUAUUACCAUAUUUUAUGAAGAAACAUCGACUUCAAACACCGGAACAUGUCUUGUAUUAAUAACAGAUAAUGCAAGAUCAAUGGUAACUAAUCAUGGAGCUGCAAAUCAUUUUACCAUUGAAUAUUUAAAUAAUUCACAGAGUUAUCAUUAUAUUGAAAAGGCAAAAAUAUUUUAUGUACCAGGUUUUUUUCUCGUUACAUUUCCUGAAGUAUUUAUGUAUCUGUGUGAACAUGCUCAUAAGACAAAUAAAAUAAUGGCUAUUAAUUUAUCAGCAGAAUAUAUCUGUGAAAAUUUUGGACAUUUGUUACUAAAUUUCAUACCUUAUAUCGAUUAUUUAUUUGGAAAUGAAGAGGAAGUAAGAUGUUUUGCACAAUUUCAUAUGAAAAUGACGGAUAAACCUUUGGAUAUUAUUGUCAAAUCAUUACAAGAGUUAUUGACAAAAAAGGAGGGUGGAACGGUCAUUAUAACAAGAGGUGUUAAUCCAAUUUUAUUAGCUACAAAAGAUGAAAUUAAACAAUUUAAUGUAAAAAAGCCGCUAAAAAUUGUCGAUACAAACGGAUGUGGUGAUGCAUUUGUGGGAGGUUUUCUGGCGUAUUUAUCAUUGGAAAAAGCGCCUGAUGAAUGUGUAAGAGCGGGUGCAUAUUGUGCAUACGAAAGUUUACACCAGACUGGUUGUACAUUUCCGGAUAAAGUCUCGUUUGAUCCAUCUUCAUAA